AUGUCCUACCGCACAUUCCACUUCCUUGUUCGUGGCAAAGUCCAAGGGGUAUACUUCAGAGCGUUUGCCAAAGACAUAGCCCACGAUGUCGGCGUCGUGGGAUGGAUCAUGAAUGAUACCCAUGGGAACGUCAAAGGAGUAGCGCAAGGUUCAGAGACGGGCUUGACCAGAUUGUAA